UUGACGAAAAAAAUUUAAUAAAGCAAAUAAGAUGUAUUUAACACAAGUAUUAUAAUUUAAUGUUUAAAUUUAGAAAACUUACCAUAGAAUAUUAUUGUUUUAAAUAAUUAUUCAAUAAAUGAUUUAAAUCUAACCUCAAAGCUGUUUGCUAUAAUUUAAAAUGGACGUAAGCACAUUGUUUCGAGCUAGCGUAAAGAGCGUAAGCAUACGUCAAAAGGCGUUGGACGAUGACAAGUCAAAAUUAUUUCCUAGAAAACUACGUCAUGAGUCAAAUUUCUACAAAAAAUCUCUAGCAGUCACCACCCAAAUAACGAGAUUGAAAGAAUUUUUAUUAGAAAAUAGGUCUGCAUAUUUAAAUUUCUCCGGACAUUUAAUCAGCCAGCCGAGGAUGAGCGACGCUGAACGCGAUAAGAUCGACAAUGGAGCCCAGGAGAUUAUCAGCAAAUGCUCGCAGUUGAUAAAAGAACUGAAGCGAGAAGCUGCUGAUACAGAUGUAUCUCAACAGCAUCACGAACACCAAGAAAUAAUGCUAUUUUUAAUCGACGAGUAUUUAAAAAAUGUAUGCAAAAUUUAUUCUGAGCAAAAAGCUAUCCGGGUUAAAAAAAUGGUCGAGCUGAAAAAUUUGUCCAAGUUGGAGCUCAACAUUAAAUCGAUUGAAGAAAAUUCUUUUAAGCCUCCUUUGAAUUCUGUUGAAGAAAAGAAAACCUCGUCGGCUAGCUCGAGUCCUCUGAAGGUCCAGGAGAUGAACGGAGACGUCAACUCUCUGGCAUACGAAGAAGAAUUAUCAACGGAGGAUGUCCAGAUGUUUGAAGCUGAAAAUGAACAGCUGUACAAUGAAUUAAAUACUGUCACCGAAGAAGUUAAGCAAAUUGAAAGCAAAGUCGUUCACAUUGCCGAGCUCCAGGAAGUUUUCACCGAAAAAGUCCUGGCACAGGAUCACGAUCUAGAGAAAUUGGUCACUACUGUUGUUGGCUCCACGGAGAAUGUCAAGGAAGCGAAUGAGCAAAUUCGUCAAGCUAUUCAACGCAAUGCCGGACUUCGGGUUUGGCUGCUCUUUUUCCUGCUGGUCAUGUCUUUCUCCCUUCUCUUCCUCGAUUGGUACAAUCCUUGAAUAAAAUAACUUAAUAAUAAUUAAGACUUAAAUAUGUAUAUGUUUUUUACAAAAAAAGGUUUAAAAUAAAUCAGAUCUGUGAUUUGCCAAAAUAUGCCAA